UACGGGCUGAAUUGUACAGUAAUUGCCACCGCACUUGAACUCGAUUUAAAAAAAUCGUAGCCUUCUCUGACAUCUUUCUUUGUGCAAUUUCUGUCAGGUCUCAUGAAAAAUCCCGUUAUUUUGCUUUUGUAAUUCAUCUAACAAAGGCUUUUACUUGUUCCGACGGUUCACCGCAGCUAGCGGAACACGCGUUACAAACGCUGAUACAUUUAGUGGCAUUGUGAAAAGAUUUAUUUUGGUAUUUUAAUUUAUCGAUUUUAGCCUUCCUCUUAAAAGAUAGUGUUUAUUUAUUAGUGAGCUCGAGUGAUUGCUGCCCAAGCAACAAUUUUUUGUGCCACAGUCCCAUUCAAGAGUGAGCCGUGUCUUGGGGGAGAAGCACCCCGGGCACUACGGUGGCCCCAGAUACACCGGCACCAGCACCCCAGCCUCCGGGGGUGCUGGAUAUGACGGCCACGGACAAUAUCCGCUUCAGCGGCCACACGCUCGACAAAGCCACCAAGGCCAAGGUCACAUUAGAAAAUUUCUAUACUAAUCUCAUAACUCAACAUUAUGAGAGGAAACAGAGACUCGAGAAGCUGGAGGAGUCACUCAAAGAUGAAAACUUGACAGAAAGCCAAAAACAAGAGAAAAGACAGCAACAUGCUCAAAAAGAAACUGAGUUUUUGAGGCUCAAGCGAUCGAGGCUCGGCGUAGAGGACUUUGAACCGCUCAAAGUCAUAGGGCGAGGCGCGUUUGGCGAGGUUCGCCUCGUUCAAAAGAAAGAUACCGGUCAUGUUUACGCUAUGAAAAUACUCAGAAAAGCAGAUAUGCUUGAAAAGGAACAAGUGGCCCACGUGCGGGCCGAGCGUGACAUCCUAGUAGAAGCGGACCACCAGUGGGUAGUGAAGAUGUAUUAUAGUUUUCAAGAUCCCAUGAACUUAUACCUCAUCAUGGAAUUCCUGCCCGGCGGCGACAUGAUGACCCUACUCAUGAAAAAAGACACCCUUAGUGAAGAAUGUGCGCAGUUUUAUGUCGCUGAGACUGCACUGGCGAUCGACAGUAUACAUAAGCUCGGUUUCAUACAUAGGGACAUAAAGCCGGAUAACCUCCUGCUGGACGCGCGCGGGCACAUCAAGCUCAGUGACUUCGGGCUGUGCACGGGCCUCAAAAAGAGCCAUCGCACCGACUUCUACCGCGACCUGUCGCGCGCCACGCCCUCAGACUUCAACUUUUUUUCAGUUUCGACAUCGUCGUCGGCGAUGGACUCGAAGCGGCGCGCGGAGUCAUGGAAGCGCAACCGGCGGGCGCUGGCCUACUCCACCGUGGGCACGCCCGACUACAUCGCGCCCGAGGUGUUCCUGCAGACCGGCUACGGCCCGCAGGCCGACUGGUGGAGUCUCGGCGUCAUCAUGUACGAGAUGCUGAUCGGGUACCCGCCGUUCUGCUCCGAGUCCCCGCAGGACACCUACCGCAAGGUGAUGUCGUGGCGCGAGUCGCUCACCUUCCCGCCCGAAAUACCCAUCAGCGAGGAGGCUCGGGAGACCAUACUGCGCUUCUGCUCCGAACCGGACCGCAGGCUGGGUUCCGGGCGCGGCAUCGAGGACGUGAAGUCGGUGCCGUUCUUCCGGGGAGUGGACUGGAGCCACGUGCGCGAGCGCCCCGCCGCCAUCUCCGUCGAGGUGCGCUCCAUCGACGACACCUCCAACUUCGACGACUUCCCCGACGUCAAGCUCGAGAUACCGGCAGCGCCAAUCACGCAAGACGGUGAGGUGGCGUACAAAGACUGGGUAUUCAUUAACUACACGUUCAAGCGGUUCGAAGGGCUCACCCAGCGCGGCACGCCCACCAAGAAGUGAGGCCGACGGCCCUCGCACUGCCGGCGGCGGCCGCGCUGCCCCUCCUCGCCCAUCGCGCCGAUGUUAGCACUGACGUCUUAAUCACCUAACCUCACCUGUAUCUACCUAUAACUAGAGUGCUCUCUUUUUUAGUCUGUAACUCUUCUUAUUUUCACACACAUAUCGAUUAUUUAUUUCCAUACAACGACUCGGCUAUCGAUUUAUAAGAGCGAUUAAAACGAAGUUGAAACGUUUACACAUUAUUUUUAGAAUUUGGAAAUGUUGCAGUUCCAAACCGAAAUACAUAUUGUAACUGAAUCCAAUAGCAGAAAACGUAUCCAUCAUGUAUUGUCAGUGUUUCAUGGCUGUCAUACUGACGUCUAUGAAAGUAGUAAAACGGAAAUUAUAAAAUUAAAUCUCUUUAUUUUUUCGGUAAAUGGGUCUCAUGUUAUAGUUCGUUUUUUUUAGCAUUAGAAAGAAGGUAAGCGAUUUUGAUGUGUCUGUUUAUUGAAAAACGCUUUGGAAAAAUAAGUCACGAAAAAUAUAUAACAAUUAUAAAUCAUAUACGAUCAUUUACAUUCUUUUGCUUUCAUAAGUAAUUGAAUUGAAUUGAAUUGAAAUAUUUAUUUCGAACUUGACGUCCAUAGGGUUAGGUAACAAUGACUUAUGUAUCUCGAGUUAGUAUUAUAGUUAAUUAGACAAAACAAACAAAACAAAACAUUACAUAAUAUUUAUAAGUUUCGCGGCAGCACAGCAACAGGUGAGUGUAGCUGCACGUGCCGCUUGACUAGGGGCGAGUCCCAACGCUGCGCCAGCGUACUUAGGAUGCUGUUCGUGCUGCUUCGGCUGCGAGUGAGGAGUGAAGUAAUAGUUACUGGAAUAAAAAAAUGCGAUUUUCAAUAAAAAGACUUGUUAAGAUUGUUCACUUAUUUCUAAUGUUAAAAAAAUAAUUAUGGAGUAACGUUCGCCAUGGUUCUUGUGGUGUAAUAAAUAUACUUGUAGGAUUGAUGCAGCCCAUGUCUAGCCCAUGUUUCCUACUUCACUUGUAAGAAGGAAAUCAUCAGAAAUCUGCCACUCAGUCUAUGUUCACUCCAGGGCAAAUGCAAAAUUUCAUGAAAAUCUGUUCAGUAUUUAAAUCUUGAAAAGGUAACAGGCAGACAUGCAGAGUUUCUUUCUCAUUUAUAACAAUAUCAUGGAUGUGUUUAAUUAUCUAAAUGGCACUGCAAUUAUUGUUUGAUUGAAUUUGAAUAUUAUUUUUUAUUGCGCCAUAGUCACGCGACAGAUAGGUAUGAGGGCUGGUUGCACCCAACACGACACCGAAUAUUGCAGAUAACGAGAACCAUUGCACUAACAUGUGCUAUAGUAACGUCUCUCAGGUUAAGUCAAGUAAGGAAAGGAAUCAUUGUUCGAUUGAUCACUUAUUUAUUAGUUGCAUAUAAUGACGAACAUCUGUAAAAUAAUAAAAUCUAUAAAUAGUUAACACGUUUCAAGUACAUAAUACUUCAAAUAAAUCUACUUUUAACGAACA